UGACUCUGGAAAUUCGUGCUAUCCCAUCUCUAUAUAAAAGUCAAGAAGCUCAGCUUCCUUUGUCCUACGGGAUUUGUGUUCAAACAAACAUUCCUAUAAGCCCGCCCUAAUCGCAUUGACAGAGCCUUCCAACCUGCCAUAGUCUGCACUUCUCCAAGAAUGAAGAUCUUUAAUUGGUUCCAAAGCAAGAAGAAUGGAAAGCAAGGAACCAACCAAAAAAAAUCAGUGACAGUUACAAAUCAUAUGUUGCAUCAACCCUGUAGAGAAGAAUUCAAUGACUGGCCUACUGAACUUCUUGCUAUUGGGACAUUUGGAAAUAAGAGUUUUAAUAAAGAUGUUGGGAACUUGAAUCAUCAGCCUUCCUGCCCUGAUCAUCUAGAAAAGCUUACACCUGAAGAAGUUGGACAACUUCAAAAAGAACUAAAACUACUACUCUGUGAUAGUACUUCCCCUGAUCCGGCUAAGGGUUCGACGAAGGAUCUUGAGAAAUUCUUUGAUUGUCUACAAAGAUUAGAAGUUGAUAAAGAGAAUAAUCUCAAGCAGAGUAACAGUAUUGUAUGUGGCAAAAGGCAAGAAGUUCAAUUGGAAAACACAAACAGUGGCAUUAGUAAAAAGACAUUGUCUUAUCUCCUUGAGAAGGCAUUUUCCUGCAGAGGUCGAUUCACAGUCCCUUCUCCCCCUCUUUUGAGAGAUCCCAUUUCUCAGUCAAAGUUAGAGAAAUUAAGAUUGGAGAAGAUUCUGAGGGCCAUCAUUCACAAAAAGAUAUUCCCGCAAGCAUCCAGUCCAAGGGCUGCCAUGAAAAAGAAAUAUUUGGACAAUGGAAAUAUAGUUGAGACUGAUGGUGAAGAUGAAGCAUUUGAGACUGUGAAGCAUAAAAAUAAAUGGGACAACUCUGAUUCUGAUUUUAUUGUACUAGAGAUAUGAUUGACCUAUUCCAUAGCCAGUUGAAAAAUAGAGAUUCAAUUCUGUUCCUUUUGGCUGUCCAAAAUUCAAAUUCUUAUAAGAUUUUAGUAGAGGUGAAUAUGUUUUCACUGCAUGAUAUGGAAGCGUUGACAGGCACCAUCCCAAGACAAAAUUGAACUUCAUUCACCCUCCUGUUCCAAUGGGACUGGAUUUUUGCCAGGUUGUAAGCUUACGGAACUCGGCACACUUCAUGCUUAAGUGUUUCAAGAGGACAGAAAAUAUAUGGUGUAUUUUUAAAUUUGAUAUUCUAGCAGAUCUAAUAAAAGGUGGGCUUCUUUGAUGCUCUGCACAGAUGGUAGUCUUUACUUUUACUCUUAAUG